AUGGUAGAUGACAGGAACGACGCGUGCAUUAUCCAUCCCCGAGUGCUUACCCAAAUGAAACUCAAGGAUAAGAUAGUACUGCGCUGCAUUACGCUAACUGUUUUUAGCAAUGCAGUUGAGCGUACAUCAGGGGAAAUUACACUCCCUGUUUUGGCCGGUGGCGUAAAUCUGGAAACAAAAUUCCACAUCAUGGACCAAGACAUCGCGUACAAUGCUAUAGUGGGACGACCGUGGAUACAUCCCAUGAAAGUCGUCCCCUCCAGCUUAUACCAAGUCAUCAAAUUCCCAACUUCAUGGGGAAUAUUCAGCAUACUAGGAGAACAACGUACAUCCCGGGAGUGCUACCGCAUUGCCUUAGACAACACAACCACCCAACAAAGAAAGGACAAAGAAAAAGAGGCUUUGCAAUCAGCAGGGUCGAGCCAUGCAGAUAUGCCAGGAAUCCCAAAGGAAACCGCCACGCACAAAUUAAACAUUGACCCGUUCCACCCCCUAAUGAGGCGGUUCAGGCAUAAAUUCAACUCUUCCAUUAAUGAUGCAGUGUGCGAUGAAGUGGAAAAACUGUUAGAAAAUGGUUCCAUCAUGGAAUCGAAGUACCCUAAGUGGAUCACCAACAUGGUCAUGGUUAAAAAGAAGAAUCGGAAAUGGCGGAUGUGCAUAGAUUUUAUAGAUUUGGACAAAGCAUGCCCAAAGAAUUCGUUCCCGUUGCCUCGCAUCGACGAACUCAUCGAAGCAAUGGCCGGGCAUGAGCUACUAAGUUUCUUGGAAGCUUACUAA